CUGCUUUUUUAAUUUUUGUUGCAUCAAUAUGUUGUGUUUUGACACACAGUUAACCUCUUUAAAGGAAUAAGUUUUUAACUUCCCAUCUUCUAAGAUAGCUGUUUCAAGACACACUGACAUCUGAAAAUAGGACCAAAAUAGGUGCUCGCAGAAUAAUCAGCAAUUAAAUGGUAAGUUAAAUUCAAUGCAUGUAAAACUGGCCUCCGAAUCAAUGAAUAUAAGAGAUAAGGCUGUAGGGGCUUUUAAAGAUCUUAUUAUACACAUUUUAGAAAGUCAAAAACUAAACAUAUAUCUGUCAUUUAAAAUAUCUAAAUGCAUGAAACUUCAUUCAAGUUUAACAUCAGAUGGAUGGCUGAGUGGUUUCUCUAUAAUCUCAUAUCUUGUUUGGUAGGAUAAUUAUCCCUGAAAGGUUCAUGGAAGAUUGAGCAACAGAUUUUUGAAAUCUGAUAAUUUUUUGCGAGUAGUUUCUGACUGUACAAAAUAAUCCAUAUGAAAGGCCUAUCUUCCGUGAUCCUUUAUGCUUUAUAUGAUCAUAUACUUAUUAGAUACUAACCUUGACACUUUAAUACAGUCAUGCAGUAAUGAGUAAGAAAUGGAGGGGAAACCUUGCAGGUUAUUAUCUCUUGAUGAAUCAGAAAAGGAAUUUAAGUUAUUAUUAUGCAAUUUGUCUCAUUAUCUCUUUUCAGGAACUGGUUACUGGGAAUGAGGGAGAGAUAUCAUGUCACCCUGAUUAUGACUUUUGGAUGUUAUAUAACAAGAAAUCUGAGGGAUCUGCUGAUAAAGCUUUAUCAAUCACUUCCAGAUUAGAAAGCCAGGGACUUAGAGGGUAUCUAUCUGGGAGGGACUCCCCUGGCAAAGCACCACUCCAUCAAAUAAAAUUGGAUGAUGUGCUUAAACCUCUCACAAAGUGCAAAUAUGUACAUCACUGUUUUGUUUGACGAGGAUUUCAAAAAGGAUAAUAAUUUCCAUGAAUAUAAAAUGGAGUCUGUUUAGAAUCUGAUUUAUACAGAAGAGCUGCCAUAAUUCAUUCCUUUGGUGAUUGGUGUUGAAAAACAAAAGGCAGUGCCAAAAUAUAUCCCAAAUUUCUGC